CUAUUUUUUUGUUGACGUGUGUGCAUUCUGGUAUAUUUAAACUACAUAUACCCUGCAUUUACCCUGUCCGUUAAUAGUGGGAGAUAUGCACUGAGAGGUGCUCUAAAGAUAAUCUGUGUAUAUUCUCUUCUCUCUUCUGUUGUUACAUGUAUAUAUUUCCUUCCACAGGAGACCUGCUGUGUCGCGUCGUCAACUUCUUCCCUCUGUUCUGCAUCAUGGUGUCCAUCUACUCCAUGGUGACCAUCUCGUUUGAAAGGCGCCGAGCGAUCGUCUUGUCCAUGGACCAGAACCCCAUGAAGAUCAUAAAGAUGGUUCUACCGGCGCUCUGGAUCGGAUCGUUCGUUGUGUGUAUCCCUACCAUCAUCGAGUACAAUGAGUUCUUGACCAUUAACCCUUUGACGAACGAGACGGACUGGCGGUGCGGCAGCAUCCAGUCUAAUGUUUAUUCUCAAACCAACGCCUUUAUGCUCAUCUUCGUCGCCUACAUCAUUCCACUCUUCAUGGUCGUAAUCAACUACAUUGUUAUAAUCAAGUUCAUAUGGAAGAAGUGUAAACUUGAUGGGGCGACAAACCAGCGAUGCCUGAUGGUAAAAAAGAAGUUACAGAUAAUUAAGAUGAUGGUAUUAGCAGCAGUCUUUUUCGCCGCCGCCUGGGCGCCAUAUUUCACAUCGCUGGCAAUUGGAAAGAUAACGGGUCUCGACGGAACAGAAGAGUCUGGCGGAACUCUGAAUCUGAUUCGCCUCACCCUGUCUGCGUUCAGCACGGCGUACAACGUGUUCCUCUAUGUCAUUUACAACCAGAACUUCAGGGACGGAUUCAAGGCCAUGUGCCCCAUAUGCUUCUCCAACCCUAGAAAUAGUGUCGUUCCUGCACACAUACGGGCAUUUGAGAUGCCAGUCGUAGUGUGUAAUAAACAAUACAGUGAGGUGUGAUCUCGUCUGUCAUAAACAGUCCCUAUAGUUCUGCUUCUUUUGUUGGUGCUGUUAUUUAGUUCAACUUCAUACACACCCUUUGGAGAGAACCCUUGUGUGUACGUAUGAAAACAAAAAUGCAGUAGGA